UAUAUCCACGUCCGUCCUCCAUCUUUUACUUUAAUUUCACGUGCAAUUUCCCAUCACCAGUACUGCUUCUUCAUCAUCAAUAAUCUUCAACGUACAGAGCUCCUCUAGUCCUCCUUCCAUGGCUGCCUUGAGCUUCAUCAUUGGCAUUAUUGGCAACAUAAUUUCAAUACUGGUUUUUACUUCUCCCAUAAAAACGUUUCGACAGGUGGUGAAGAAGAAAUCCACUGAGAAUUACAAAAGCAUUCCAUAUAUAACUACACUACUGAGCACAAGUUUAUGGACCUUUUACGGACUUAUUAAGCCCGGCGGUUUACUAAUCUCGACGGUGAACGGCGCCGGCGUCCUCUUUCAGUUCAUAUAUGUCACUCUUUUUCUCAUCUAUGCUCCCAAGGAUAAGAAGGUCCGGACAGCGCAGUUGGUAGCCGGAUUGAAUGUCGGUUUUCUGGGGUCGGUAAUCGCAGUAACUCUUCUGGCACUCCACGGAAGUUUGAGGCUUACCUUCGUCGGAAUUUUAUGUGCUGGCUUAACCGUAGGCAUGUAUGCAUCACCUCUAUCAGCCAUGAGGACAGUGAUAAAGACUGAGAGCGUGGAGUACAUGCCAUUUUUCCUCUCAUUUUUCCUAUUCCUUAAUGCUGGCAUUUGGUCUGCUUAUGCCGUUCUUGUCAAAGACUUCUAUGUUGGAGUACCAAACGCUGUCGGGUUUGUGUUGGGGACGGCCCAGCUGAUCCUCUACACAGUCUACAAGAAGAAGUCAAUGUCAUCAACGGACAAGAUGGAAGAAGAGGGAUCUGCCCACCUUGUCAAAGGAAUGAUCCAGAUGCGAGCACUUGAUGAGGAUGACGAAAAGGCGGCGGCCCUGAAAAAUCGAAGCCUGAGCAAGGGAAGAAGCCUCCCAAAGCCGUCUGCAAUCCGACAGUACAGCUUCCAAAGAAUCUUGAAGACAUUUUCUUUGAAUCCACAUGAAAUACACUCUAAUUGGGCCCCUGAAGUUGAUGUUGAAAAUGGAGAAAAGAUUAAUCACUCUUGAUCGAUCAACGUACGUUAAUUAGAAGUCAUUCGUGUUUUUCCAAGUUAAUUAGCCUUGUCUUUGAUGAAUAUUGCAGUAUUGAAAAUAUAUAUGGAGAAAAUAGAAGAGAAAAAAAAAAAAAAAG